CUGUUUACACAAUACACAUAGAUAGUAGAUAAAGCUUGAGAUGACAAGAUGGCUGCACCAAUUUUCACAUCGUGUGCAAUUUAAUCGCGGAGUUUUAAGUAUUCCCGAACCACAUAGUGUUACAGAAUCUUCAAGUAUCAAUCUUAUUCAUAGUCGAACCGAAUUUUCCCAAUAGACACUAGUUUCAGCAAGAACACCAUGUCCGAGACAGAUACUACUUCUGGAGACCAAUACUCAAGAAUACACAGAAUAAGCUCAAGAGCAACUAGCGAAAAUGUGUCAUUACAAAAUAGCCAAGAAGAUUUGUCAAAUAAUCCUAUUGCUACAUCACUGAAACUGACUGAAUGCAGUGCAAGUGGCAAAACAGAAGAUUUCUCCCUUGACAAGGGAGACAAUAGCAGUACUGUGAUAGAAUGUGCUGUCUGCCUUCAAACAUGCAUUCAUCCAGUGAAACUACCUUGUUCUCAUAUCUUCUGCUAUUUAUGCGUGAAAGGCGUGGCAUUUCAGUCGAAAAGAUGUGCCAUGUGUCGCCAAGAAAUACCUGCCGAUUUCCUGAUACACCCACAGUUACUUGAUCGAACUCAACUGGAGAAAGAAUCCACUUUAGAAGACGGAUACCAGUGGUUUUAUGAAGGGAGAAACGGUUGGUGGGCGUAUGAUGAACGAACCAGUUUUGAGAUGGAAUGUGCCUACAAGCGCUCUCAGCGCAUUUGCGAGUUGCUUAUUGCCGGAUUUCUCUACAUGAUCGAUUUUGAUCAAAUGUUCCAAUCCAGAAAAACGGAACCUUCUCGACGUAGGCGAAUUAAACGUGAUCUAGCUUCAAUACCGAAGAAAGGAAUUGCUGGAUUACGACUUGAACAGAGUGACGAGUCUGAAAACGGACCUUCCGCGUCGUUAGAUCUUCUUUCAGUUGCUGCCAGUCGAGCAGCUCUCAUUUCUAACUGUUUAUCUCCUAGCCAAACACCUCAAGCUCCAUCCAACACUCCUCAAACUCCCCAGACACCUCAAACACCACGUAGCCCUCCAUCACCAGCACCGGAAUCCAUUUCUAAUCAAGAGGCGAUUACUGAAACGCUGUCAAAUGAAUCUCGUUGGCAAGAAAGAGAAAGGCGCCGUCUUCGACGAGCAGUCGAAGAAAUCGAGCGGUUGAGACUCCACGACGGAGAUCGGUUCACUCCUCCGCUCCCCAGAUUAGAUAACAUGGUCAUCUAUUACAACAUGGAUGAAGAAGGCAAUGGUUUACAUGAUCAUACGCAAGACGACUUGUGGCCAAGUGAAGACAGCUCUUCAGAUGAAGAAGAAGUAAUCAUCAGUUAAUCGCGCAAUCUUAUCCUACUCUUCUUUUGCGUUCUUUGACGCUAGUUGACGAUUCUCCCUGCCUUACUCAAUCUUGCGUCCUGGAAAAUACUUACGGAGACCUAUAUAUAAAAAAAAACUCCCAAACCUUUUAACUCUGCGUUGUAAUCUAAAGUUUGCAAUAUCCAGCAAAGGGCUAUUUGUCGUUCUCUGUGCAGUUCGUUUCUCAUUCGACAAAUUCUUGUAGGAUGAGUGAAUUACAUAAAUAAAGGCUUAUGCGUUUUA